UUUCCUACAGAACUUGUUUAAAAGUAAAAUGAUAUAUGAGCCAAAAUAUUACGCUAACUUUAAAUUUAAGGGUAACUUGUUUUUUUUAUGUCGUCAUCUUUUUGCGACAACAGUUUCAGUUCUCCAGGAAGUGGAAAUAAAAGAGCAUCUCGUGGUUCGCCAAGAAGACAUCUAUACAAUGUCGGGAAGCUUUUACUUUGUAAUGGUCGGACAUCAUGACAACCCUGUGUUUGAGAUGGAGUUUUUACCACCUGGGAAGCCUGAAUCUAAGGACGACCACCGUCACCUUAACCAGUUCAUUGCACACGCUGCCUUGGACUUGGUGGACGAGAACAUGUGGCUUUCCAACAGCAUGUACCUGAAAACUGUGGACAAGUUCAACGAGUGGUUUGUCUCAGCCUUCGUCACAGCAGGACAAAUUAGAUUCAUCAUGCUACAUGAUAUGCGACAAGAAGAUGGAAUAAAGAACUUUUUUAACGACGUGUACGACUUAUACAUAAAGUUCGCAAUGAAUCCUUUCUAUGAAAUCAACGCACCAAUCCGCUCCACUGCAUUUGAGAGGAAAGUCCAGUUUCUCGGAAAGAAGCAUCUCCUGAGUUAAUCAGACGAUGCUAAGAUUUGAAUGUUUUCUUUCCCUUGUAUAUAUCGAAAUAUGCGUGCAUGAUCUGUUUUCCUGUCGAAUAAAAAGUAUUUCCCACAAGAAAA